AUUUAAAUGUCGUAAUUAAUUUUAAAAGGAUCAACAAUAGUGCUACUGUGUUUGGUGUGCAUAGUGCUUUUUUAUUUUAUUUUAGUCCUUUAAACAACUACGAGCAUACAAAUACAAUCAAAAUGGAUAGUAUACCACCGAGUGCGAUUUUGGAACAUCGUCCAAAUCAACUACAAGAAGUUCGCAAAUUAUUCAAUUAUGAAGAUAUCAAAAAACUCAAUCAAGAUCUGGACACCUUUGAAGCCUGGAUCGCAAAACAAAACCAUUUUCUUGUUAAACGUUUUGACAGAAAUUAUCUAGAACGUCUUCUGAUAGCAAGCAAGGGAUCCGUGGAGACAGCUAAAAAACGGCUCGACAAAUUGUGCUCAUUUAGACGAGCAUUGCCGGAGUUCUUGACGAAUUAUGACAUGAGGAAUGAAUUCAUUCCUAAGUUGAAGUGGUGCCACACAACUAUACUGCCGAAACCUACACCUGAUUACCAUAGAGUGUUUUUAACGUGCGCGCACAACCCAGACGCGACAGAGCAUGUAGAUUUCAUGCAAUACUACAGGUUUUGCAUAUCGUUAAUGGACUACAUGUUCAACAAUGACUACAACGCUGGCUACGAAGUUAUAUUUGAUACGAGAAACUACACACUCGGUAUCGUAUCUAAAUUGAACCCAUUGGCUAUGAAAAAAGCUGCUGCUAUUUACUUGGAAGCAAUUAGUAUGAGAUUGAAACAUUUGCACGUUAUAAGUGGAUCUAAAUUAUUUGAUGUUGUUUUAACAAUCAUAAAACAAGCUUUAACAGAGAAACUGUCACAUAGAGUUGUCGUCCAUGACAAUCUUGAAUCACUCCACAAAUACAUUUCUCCAGAAAUUUUACCUGUGGAUUAUGGUGGUCAGGACAAACGAACCCUUAAAGAAAUGUGCGAGAAUACUCUCAAAGAGCUGUGUACUGAUGAACAUAUUGAGCAUUUCAAGGAAACAGAGAAAGCUAUGACAGACGAAUCUCAUAGAAUCACGCUCAAAUUCGACGAAGAGUAUCUGGGAAUGCCGGGAUCUUUUAAAACAUUGUGUGUUAAAAUCAACAAUAUGGAUAAAUUACCACCAAGUGCGAUAUUGGAAUUUAAAACGAAUCAAAUUGAUGAAGUUCGUAAAUUGUUUAAUUAUAAUGAUGUUAAAAAAUUGGAGCAGGAUUUGGAUAAUUUUGAGGACUGGAUUGAGAAGCAAAAUCAUUUUCUUUUUCGACGAUUUGAUAGAAACUAUCUAGAACGUCUCCUCAUGGCAAGCAAGGGUUCCGUAGAAAUCGCUAAAAAACGCCUCGACAAAUUGUGCUCAUUUAGACGAGCAUUGCCGGAGUUCUUAACUAACUUUGAUGUGAGAAAUGAAUUCGCUGCUACUAUGAAGUGGAGCCAUUCAUGCGUCAUGCCGAAGCUAACACCAGACAAUUAUCGAGUUUUGGUAACACAAGUGCAUGAUCCAGAGGCAUCUGACCUUGUUGAUUUUAUACAAUACUACAGGUUUAAUAUAUCGCUAAUGGAAUACAUGUUCAACCACGACUACAACGCUGGCUACGAAGUUAUAUUUGAUACGAGAAACUUUACACUCGGUGUUGUAUCUAAAUUGAACCCACUGGCUAUGAAAAAAGCUGCUACAAUUUUCUUGGAAGCUAUUGGGCUAAGACUUAAACGGCUGCAUAUAAUAAAUGGCUCAAAACUAUUUGAUGUGGUUUUGUCCAUCAUUAAACAAGCGCUGACAGAAAAAUUAGUUCACAGAAUUAUUGUUCAUGAUAAUAUUGAAUCAAUACAUAAAUACAUAUCACCAGAAAUCUUACCAAAAGAUUAUGGUGGCAAAGACAGGAGUAUUAAAGAACAAUGUGAGUCGACUCUCAAAGAAAUGUACAGCAAUGAACAUAUUGAGAAACUCAAGGCAUCAGAGGGAGCCAUGACGGAUGAAUCUUACAGAGUCACGCUCAAGUUCGACGAAGAGUAUCUGGGAAUGCCGGGAUCUUUCAAAACUUUAAAUGUUGAUUAAUUUUGAAAUAUAUAACGGUUCUA